CCCACAGCCAGCCAGCACAAGGACAGGACAGGACAAGCACAGGCUCUCUCACAGUCGCACGCUUGUUCGACCUUCCAGCACUGAGCAACUCCAGCACAGCACAUCACAUCACAGCACCAGUGGACUGGACUGCACCACACCACUGCACCUUGGCCAUUCGCUGCCGACCCACCUCGACCUACCUUACUACCACCACCCACCACCACCACUGCACACACCCUCACCGCCCUCACUCACCCACAACACCGCGCCCACUGCUUCGCUCCGCAACGCGCCUGGCCAUCCCUUACCACUGUCCUCCCCGUCCGCCCGCCCGCCGCCGCCGCCGUCGCCGCCGUUGCUGCUGCUGCUCCAUACACUCGCUUCUCCGCUCCGUCACUGCAGUGCGCACUUUGCCCGAGCGCAUCGCCUACCACCGUUACCGCCGACCGCCUACCGCCUACCGCCGAGCGCCAUCUUCACACCCUCCACCCUGUACCCCCAUACCAGCUUGCGCUCGUACAUGCACACACCGCGACUCCCUGGGGCCUUCCAAUGAGUCAACCGGGCGCGCAGCCCUUUCUGGGAGAAUCAGGACAAGCUGCAUCAUCCUCUACAGAAGCUCCACCACCCCUACAAAAUGCCGCCAUGACCGCCGGUGGUGUCGAGGAUGUACCGUCAUCCGCUACGAAUCCAGCGUUAGCCUCGCAGGACACAACCUCGACUGCUCCCGCUGCUGCUGCUGGGAUUCGAGCAGAGAGCAUUGGACAACAUUCAAAGCGAAGCUUUGGACGACGGAAACGAGACCAUAGCACCGGCAGUCGACGUCCUGGGCGUCGCGGAGAGUCUGCAGAUGAGAAGACCGCGCGCCCUGCCUCGAGCAGCCAGACCAACCUCGCCGAUGAGUCCAAACCACCAAGGAAGAAGUCCGGUUUGUUCGCCUUACUGUGUUGUGGCUCCUCCGACAACCACGCUGGGGGAGAAGCGCUCGAUGCCGCACAGCCAGCAAAGCCCGUUAGCAAGCCUGUGCCCGCAAGAACGCAACCGACGGCGCAGACAGCCACGCCAGCAGGCGUCAGCAACACCGACAACACCAGCGCCGAGGAGUCCAAAGAAGUCGUCGACGAAAAGGCCGUCCCACAACCCGUCUACGCCAAUGUGUCAAAUGGCGAGCCACGCACGUCAGCUCCAGGCCCGGAAAAGGUCUCCGGCGAUGGCUUUGCAACCACUUCGCCGCCUGCCGUUCCCGGUUCGGAAGAAGUCGAUCCUGCGACGCUGCCCAGAGCCACCGACGGCUCGCCUUCAGCUGUGACCCCCAUCGUGACAGGCGGAGCGAUGGUCGGUGGAGCGACUUUACUUGCGGCUGGAAGCAAUCCUUCGGUACAGGUGCAGGCUCCCACUCCCACUGUGCAGCAUCACGAAGAUGACAACCCCAUAUCGGAUCGGACUGCGGAGCAACAGCAUCGUGACGAGGACAUUGAAAUGAAGGAGUCCAAUGUUCUCACGGAAAAGGAGGCGCAAAAGGAGAUCGAUGACAUGGCCCAUGCUCACCAAGAGGAAGCACCGGUGGCCCCAAUCACCACCACGGGACUACCUCCCCCGCCUGGUCCUCCUCCUGCUUCCGAUGCAAAUUACCCCAGCGCCGCGACAUCCAUGGUAUCGACUCCCGAGGGGACAUCCAAGUGGCUUCUGCCUGCAACACGACCAGAGCACAAGGGACGCAAAUGUCUCGUACUCGAUCUGGACGAAACACUGGUUCACAGCAGUUUCAAGAUCCUCCACCAAGCAGAUUUUACUAUUCCCGUCGAGAUCGAAGGCCAGUACCACAACGUCUAUGUCAUAAAACGGCCCGGCGUCGAUGCAUUUCUCAAGCGAGUGGGCGAGAUAUACGAAGUGGUGGUCUUCACCGCCUCGGUGUCCAAGUACGGUGACCCGCUCCUCGACCAGCUGGAUAUACACAACGUCGUCCACCAUCGGCUCUUCCGGGAAAGCUGCUACAACCACCAAGGCAAUUAUGUCAAGGACCUGAGUCAGGUGGGACGAGACUUGAAGGAAACCAUCAUCAUCGACAAUUCGCCCACCAGCUACAUCUUCCAUCCACAACACGCGGUGCCCAUUAGCAGCUGGUUCAGUGAUGCACACGACAACGAGCUUCUGGACCUCAUUCCGGUACUGGAAGAUCUCGCGGGCGAUCAAGUCUCGGACGUGAGUUUGGUGCUCGAUGUUGCUUUGUGAUGAUGAAAUCGAGCACAUGAAAAUCCUACCUCCUGCUUGAUACCGAACCUCGAACGGGUCGGGUACAAUGGAAUAUGGUUGUCAUGCGGCUCGCAUGGAAUGGCCGCUUCAGAUACCCUUUUGACUUCUAUACACGACGCGGCGAAGCAUGCGUAAUUAGAAUAAUGUGAUACCAGAUCACCUUAGCGGACUUCACCAGACAUGGGUUGGGAACAGACACAGGCCCCCUUGUUACAGAAAUCACCGACACAACAAUGUACAGCAGCAUAGUCGGACCUCGCUCGCCGACGCCAUUGCAUCGGCCUGGGCUCAUGAGGUCCACAAGUGAAACGACAUUAUACCCGAAGAGCGUCGACUUUCUUGACAUAGCAAACCUCAAAGUGAGCGGAACGGCGUCUGGAGUUUUGGUCUGCGCGGAUGCGGCCGAUAGCGACAAGUAAAACUACUACUUCUACUUCUACUACUACUACUACUCC